CAAGUAUUGGAUCCGCCGUGUGCGGGGUGCGACGGCACGCCCGGUUUGCCUCGAACCCUCGUCGUACGGCAACUUCCAGAUCCGACAGACGCCCACCGAAUCCGGUGCUCCCGGAUCGAUCUCAUUGACCCCGAUCGAGUUGUCGCUUUCCUCAUCGCUUGCGGGAAGGAGAAGAAUCGAUUCGUUCGGGUGGUUGCCUGUUGAUGGACCAGGGCAAGCUUGGAGAUGGGACGACGCCGGGGACUUGGGUGAUGGGAACGCCGGUUGCGCCGCACGCCAAUCCGGGCAACUGGCAGGGCGUCCCCGUCGAUCACGUCACGUCGUCGUCUGCCGGGCCCUCGGCGGGGCACUGCCCUAGCAAUACCAACCGCGCCAUGCCUUCCGUCCCUGGUGCUUCCCACUUCCCCUCCUCGACGUACGGCGGCGGGACCGGCAACCCUUAUGUGAACAUUUCCCCUUUUCCUCACGGCAGCAACGCCAGUGGAAACCCUUAUGUCAAUGUUUCCCCUGUUCCUACCAAGAGCCCAUCGGAGACAAUCCUUAAGGUGCUUGGGCGGUGCGGGAAGAAAUUGGAAGACACCACCAGAAAGGCAGGGGACGUCGCUGGCAAUGUCUGGCACCAUCUUAAAACCAGCCCCAAUGUCACUGAUGCAGCCUUGGCUAGGCUUGCACAAGGAACAAAAGUUCUUGCAGAAGGUGGGAAUGAGAAGGUUUUCCAGCAAGCGUUUGGUAUUUUUCCAGGAGAGCAGCUAAGGAAAGCAUAUGCCUGUUAUCUCUCUACUUCAGCAGGUCCUGUGAUAGGAACACUGUAUUUAUCCACAGCCAGGAUUGCAUUUUGCAGUGAUAAUCCUCUUUGUACUAAUUUCUCCAAUGCUCAACAAGAGUGGGCAUAUUAUAAGAUUGCUGUGCCUCUGGAUCAGCUGAGGGCAGUCAAUCCUUCUGCUAACUCCAGGAACCCUUCAGAGAAAUACAUUCAAAUCAUCACCAUGGACAACCAUGAAUUCUGGUUCAUGGGAUUCGUAUCAUAUGACAAAGCUCUCAAGAAUCUUAGGGAGGCCCUACACUUCAGUCCCCAUGGUUCUUACCAGCCCAACUUCUAGUACCAGCUAGAUCUUUCAGUACUUUAAUUCAAUCUGGCUGGCCUGAGUUGUAAAUGGUGCAAAAUCUGUAGCUUGCAGUGGGAGAUGUUGGAACAUGAACAGUUGCAUAACAAUGUGCUGCAAAUUAAAUAAGUUUGCAUCAAUAUGAAACAUUAUAUAAA